ACUCGUACAUACAAAUAUCAAAAAAACUGCACACAUAGAAACGUUUCCCGGCUGAUAACUUUGCCGAAUGGAAUAAUGGACAUCCGCUGGGGUUGCGAACCGUACACGCAUAUGUUUUAGUAUUCGAUAUGGGCAACUUGGAAACAUUUCAGUAUUGCCGUGCGAUGAGAGAGCAAAUAUUGGACAGUUUUAGUCAUCGUGAUUUUAGUAUAAUAGUAAUUGGUAAUAAAUACGAUACGGUCACCGAGGUGCAGGCCAAUUCACAGGAGCUGAAGGAUAUUUCAACGUUGGUGCGCAAACAUUGGCGUUGCGGCUAUGUGGAAUGCUCUGCCAAGUACAACUACAAAAUUGGCGAUGUAUUCCGGGAAUUGAUGGGCUGUACAAGCACCGGUGCCAUCGUUAGCGAAUUCACACAAUCAACUAGGAAUAAAGGACGUUGCACAAUACUUUAGCGUUAUCUGCAGAGAUUCUUCAGAGAAAGGAUGUGAGUCGCAGCAAAGGCAUGUGAGCUACAGCUGCAAAAUUUCAAGGGCCACAGCAACCAAACGCAAACGAAAGCCGCCAAAAUAUUAGUAUAAGUAUUCAACAGACCACCUAAGUAGGUUUCGAAACCAGGUUGUUGCAGCUGUUAGCUCUCGUGAACGCGAAUUUGUAGUAGUAAGCCAUAGGUAGCCAAUAAGUAACGAAUAGGUUUAAAUAUUUAGAAAAAAAUAUUGUAGUUAAAAAGUAAAACGGAGAUAUACUUAAUUAAACGAGGGAACAAUAACAAUUACUUAUAUAUUUUCGCUUUGCCAAAAAUUGCCAUAAAACUAAACUACUAAUACCAAGUUUUCUAACCAUGAUUUCGUCCUGAGAGCACCUCCGAAAGUGGCACCAGCCAUUGCAAGAGUUACACUUGACUGAUGUCAGGCUCCAAGGAACGAACCCUGGUCUGAUGCACGGAACAGACUGUGCGGAGGACCAAGAGCUGCUGAUUUGUCCCCGCACUGAGAUUGGAGAAGAGGGUUGUGGGUCUGAGAGGGAGUUGUGUUGCACCGGUGGGCUCCUUACUGUUGAGGUUUGAUUUGUGGCAGCAGUUUGAAGUGCCGGCACAUUUGACGAUGAAGCCGUUGAGGCAGAUGCUGCCUGGUGGAAAAUAAUACGUCUCCACAUACCGUGUAGAUCACUCCCUAUGUGUCUUAAGGCCUGAGCAGGUCGUAAUAUAGCACCACCCGUUGCACUUAUUGCACCUAUCCGAGGCGGAGUUCGGGUGGAGCCGUUUGUGACAGAUGCAGCAGUAGAAUACUUCUGAUCCAUGAUUGGGUUCAAUACCAGCCCUAAAGAGAAGUAUUUGGAGCAAAUUUGCUGCAUAGGAUUGAUCCUGUUAUGAUAGAUUGGGGGUGAGGUAAGGUACACUAGACAAGGCUAUUUUACUGAGGCGACAGCCCUAGGUCGGGAAAAACCCGAGUCAUUCCAGUAACUUAGAAUCAGCUGCCAUGGGAAUGAAGGUCUCAAAGAUUCAUUGCAGCCCUUCACGCUUUCGCAGUAGCUUCUCCAAGAGUUCCGCUUAGCAGUUCUAAUUUCAGACAGAUUCCUAACCCUCUUUAUACAGUUCCCAUCCUGGGACAGACUUAAUUCGUCUAGCACUAUUAAAUAGAGGUCGGCACGAAGCCCUAAGUUCAACAAGCUUAAUUGUUCACCAAAGCGGUUCUUCCUUCUUAGGGAGUAUUCUAAUUGGACAGCGACGGAUCAUGUGGUUGGAGCCAG